AUGAAGCCGUUUACUACACGAAUCCUGUUCCAGGUGUCGCGGGUGACCCUAGUCGUUGUGACCGUCGCCCUGGCUGCUCAGACAUACUUGGCCGGAUGGAAAAAGCCACAGCCUGUGGCAACAAAUUCUCAACCGAAGGAAAAUGAAGCACUACCACCCCAGACUCUCUGGGCCCAGAUUCAGAACAAUCGUAACUUAACCAAAUUCGCCAAGUUGGUGGGAGAAUUCGAGGACAUUGUCGGUGGUCUCCAAGCACCCAAGGCCCAGCUCACCGUCUAUGCACCCAUUGACGAGGCCUUCGACAUGGAGGACUUCCCAUACGACCUCCCAUGGUUUUAUUGGAAGUUCCUCGUCGGAUACCACAUGGGAAAAGGAGGCAUUUCUCCACAGGCACUGCGCAGUCAAAACACAGUCUCCUCAUUCGUCAAUGCCGACAUCUUCUUCAAAAACCAGCAACGCAUCAGCGUUCAGAACAAUCCAGGUGCCGUGACUUUCAAUUUUCGCGCAAAAAUGCUGGCGUCACAGGCCGCCGUCAACGGUCAUCUCCACAUCGUGGAUCGACUGCUGAUGCUGCCGGACUCAACCGCAGACGUGCUGCGAUACACCCCGGCAUUCGGGAUAUUCCGCCAAGGACUAAUCGACACCGGCCUAGCGGAGGUGAUCAACGAUACAUCAACACACACCGCGCAGACGGUAUUCGCUCCUUCCGAUACCGCGUUCCGGCAACUGGGCCGGAAGGUCAAUGCCUUCCUCUUCGGCCCAGGAGGGCGCUUAUACCUGAAAGCGUUGCUUGCAUACCAUAUUGUGGCAAAUGAGACCAUGUUCUCUGAUGUUCAUUUUCCUGCAAAGAAUGGGGAGCAGAUCGUCCUUGAUCUGCAUUCUGCCUCCAACCAGAUUUUCCUCCCUACUCUGGCUCGCGGAUGCAAUAUUUCUGCGACUUCUGCUCGACAGUCGGAUGGCGGUCGGCGGCUAAUUUUGAUUAAUAAUGAGUGGAAGGUGAGUCGGCCGGAUAUCGUGGUUAUGGACGGGGUGAUUCAUGGGACGGAUGCGGUGAUAUUGCCACCGAUCAUGAAUGCUGAGGGCCAGCUGGAGAAGCAGAACCAAAAUUGGUGGUCUAUUGUUUCUCGUUCUUUGAAUAUCGGUGGGGGAAUUACCGUCGAGGAGCUCAUGGAACGGCUCCAGCCGCUGAUUGACAGCGAUGAAUAG